UCUCUCCCCUUCGUGGCCAGGAAACCCUAGAAUGGUUUUAAGAGGUGGAGGACAGAUUUGAAGCUAUUGUGUCGAGCAACCGUGCGCGGUGAGGGAUUUUGUUACUUACCGGAUGGAGGUGGAGAACGUUGCUGUGCGGUAGAGGAAACGAAGUGGUAGGAUUAGUGGCGAGGUGCGGUUUUGAGGGAGGUAAAGAGUGGAGGGGCUUUGUUUCGAGGUGCUGCGAUGGGAGACACCGCGGUGCACCAGUUUAAUAGCAUUUUGCUCGGAGGACGGGGAGGGACAAAUCCAGGGCAGCUGAAGAUCAAUAGCGGGGGUUUCCAAUGGCGGAAGGCAGGGGGUGGGAAGGUGGUGGAGGUUUCUACCAGUGACAUCGCCAGCUUGAGCUGGACACGGGUACCCAAGGGUUUCCAGUUAGGGGUGAAGUUGAAGGCAGGACGAGACGUGAAGUUCAAUGGGUUUCGCGAGUCGGACAUGGCGAAUCUGGGAUCGUUUUUCACUACGAAUAUGGGGAUUACGUCUGAGGAAAAGCCGCUGGCGAUCAGCGGUAGGAAUUGGGGAGAUGUGACUUUGGAAGGGAGCUCCCUGGCUUUUAGUGUCGGUGGGAAGCAUGCGUUUGAUGUUUCCAUCGCGGAUGUUUCGCAAACUCAAAUGCAGGGAAAGAAUGAGGUGAUGCUUGAAUUUCAUGUCGAUGACACGACGGGUGCGAGCGAGAAGGAUACUUUGAUGGAAUUGAGUUUCCACAUACCUACUACGAAUACUACUUACAUCGGAGACGAAGAGCGUCCACCUGCGCAGAUUUUCCGGGAGAAGAUAUUAUCCAUGGGAGAUGUUGGGCCCUCUGGUGCAGAAGCGAUUGCAUUGUUCGAGGAAGUUCAUAUUCUUACGCCUAGGGGACGAUACAAUGUGGAGCUCCAUGCCUCCUUUUUGCGGUUGCAAGGGCAAGCUAAUGACUUCAAAAUCCAGUACAGUAGUGUUGUUCGUCUUUUUAUUCUGCCGAAGAGCAACCAGCCGCACACCUUUGUGGUGAUCACCUUAGACCCCCCCAUUCGUAAGGGACAGACGUUCUAUCCGCACAUUGUAUUACAGUUUCCAUCAGAAGAGAUAGCAGAGUGUACGCUGUCUAUCGGCGAAGAGCUUUUAAAUACUAAGUACAAGGAUCGGCUCCAACCUGCAUAUAAGGAUCUGUCGCAUGAUGUUUUCACGCAGAUAUUGAAAGGUCUCUCGGGUGCUAAAGUUACACGUCCAGGAAAGUUUCGGAGCGCUCAGGAUGGCUACUGUGUACGUACUUCACUCAAGGCGGAGGAAGGCACGUUGUAUCCGUUGGAGAAGAGUUUCUUUUUCUUGCCUAAGCCACCGACUCUUAUUCUUCACGACGAGAUCGAAUAUUUGGAGUUUGAGAGACAUGGUGCAGCGGGCACCAGCAGCAUAUCAUCGCACUACUUUGAUCUGCUUAUCCGCCUUAAGAGCGAGCAAGAGCAUCAGUUUCGAAACAUCCAGCGUAAUGAGUAUCACAAUUUGUUCAAUUUCAUCAGCGGCAAAAAUUUGAAGAUCAUGAACUUAGGAGACGCUCAAGGUACAAGUGGCGUUGCUGCUGCGCUUGAAGGCUCUGAUGAUGAAGGAGUUGAUCCUCAUUUGAAUCGUAUUCGAAGUGCUCGGGAAAGUGGCGGCGCUGGGCUUGGCGACGAAGACAGUGAUGAAGAGGACGAAGAUUUCGUUGCUGAGAAGGAUGAUGCUGGGUCUCCUACUGAUGAAUCUGAUGGAGAGGAGCCUGAUGGUAGCGACGAUGGUGGAGGUGGUUCCGACGAAGAGGAAGAGGACGAGGAAGAAGAAAGGCCGAAAAAGAAGAGAGAGAAGAGAGAGGACGUGGCUCCGAAAUCUGCUCCUAAGAAACGAAAGAAGAAAGACGAAGCCGAUGGAGAAGAUGGUGGGAAGAAGAAAAGGAAGAAGAAGGAGAAGGAUCCCAAUGCGCCUAAACGUGCACUUUCUGCCUUCAUGCGCUUUCAGUUAGAAGAACGCAAGAAGAUGAAGGCUGACCCAGGUCAAGCAUCCAUGUCUUUUGGGGAGUUUGGCAAAUCUCUGGGCGAGAAAUGGAGAAACAUGUCGGCCUCUGACAAAGCACCUUAUGAAGCUGAUGCGAAGGUUGAUCAGGAGCGAUACAAGAAGGCUAUGGCAGGAUACAAAAGUGGUCAAUCUGGUCCAUCAGAAGCCUAUGACGAUGGAGAGGACGAAGGAUCUGACGAUGAGUAGGCGAUUCAUGUUGUGUCUUCGAUUGCUCGGUCCUUCUAGAGAACUAUACAAGGAAUAGGAAUCAGAUUCUUGAACACUGACUGAAGAAGUUGCUGGCAAUUUUCUUUCCGUUGAGUGAUUGACUAUGCUGCCACUUGCCCCAGCUCACAUUCAACUGGCAAUUGAUACUGGGUAGCCUCUAUAUUGAUUGACCACUGUUGCUAAGGGAGAAUGUCCUGUAGAAAAGCAUCAGCGUGUCGGGUAUGAACGAAGUAGGGGUUGUCCUCAGCAUACAAUGUGCGCAUUGUGGCGAAUAUUGUGACGCUUUAAGUCAUGAGUUGUGGGGAUGAGUGCAUUAAGUGGUUUUGAAUAUGUUGGUAAUAGUAGACUUCGCCACACCUGCCAGAUUUGCUAAAUGUAAAUCCAGCUGCUUCCUGUGUAGGAAGCUGCCGGAGUUUGAACUCUGGAGAGUGUCGUAUGCUUUGUAUAAUUGUAUGAAUGAAUCUUAUAUCCUGGCUAGAGAUUUAUUUCUUUG